GGGAGGGUACGCUGUGACCCCUUUGCCUGUCAUUGGCUUACGUUUUACCUUCCAACCCUCGCUAGCUGCGGACGGCAGAUCCAGGGAAUGUACUCCGUAUCACAUACAGUGCCCCUGUACCGCUGGUACCUCCAGUACCUUACGCUAGCAUUAAUGCUAGCACGUUUAGCAGGUCUCACGAACCGAUUGAAUCGAACCGCCCGGAAUUUUCUUGGAUACCUGCAUGAUGGAUGCGAGACGAGGAUGUACGACCUUCGUCUUGUGCGUCUGGUGCAUCUGGUGGCUCCGAAGCCUCGAAUUGUUCUCGGAGCGGCCUAACCUUACCAUCGCCAUCAUGGACAUUUUCUGAUCAUGGCUUUCCUUUCCCCGUAAAAUUGAUCACCGGCCUCAAUAAAACCGAUGCGUGGAAGCCCAAGGAGCUGAGAAAGUAGUGUAAUUGAACGUCUCUUUUACCCCCUAACUUUCUCGCGAGAUCUUAGGAAUCUGACCCAUAUGGCCCAUAUUAACCCAUACCAGACCCAGCGCUUGUACGGAGCUAGCCAGCAGGGGGCUUGGAUUUCCAAUAAGUAAAAGCCCAGACGCUGACAAUCACCUUGAAAUCCCGGGUACAACGACAACGUCACUUCCAGGGGUCAAAAGCCGGUAAUGUUAGGCUUUACCGGAUUGUGGCAUCGUGAGUCUCUUCUAGCAAGACGGAAUCUGAGAAUGAUCUAGGCCUUGGAAAAACGAAGAUGUCGACAACUACAUCAUAGGUCGUUUUCAAUGGACGAAGGGAUGUAAUAGGCAAUUGAAUCAAGUGCUAAAGUAGGUACAUAAAUAGACAGUGCCGUAUACAGUACCAGCUAGGCCGGAAUGGACUUUUUGUUUACCUUUCACGUUCCUGAUAUAUUAUGCAGUUAGAUUGGCGCAUGUCAGCAAUUUGAGAAAACACCGGCGACGACACCAAGAGGAGGAGCAGCAUUUUUUCUUAUUUACUGGGCGUAAGUCUCAGACACAAUCAACAAACAAGCCCACUGUUGUCGUCUAGAUUGACCCCGCGUGCCCGCGGUCCCGAAUUCGAUCUACAUCUAUUACUUUUGAGCAUUAUAGGUUUGAUAGGGUGUGAUUUGUCGGACGAACAAGAAAAUUACUUAAGUAAGAACGGCAUGCAUGGUGACAUACGCACAUGUAAAUAGAUCCUCGGGGUUAGUCAGGAUAUCGUCGCACAAAGCAGAGGAUGGCUGGCUACAUACCCGCACAC